AUGCCCUCGACGACAGCGUCCAACCCGACGCCCGUGGAAAAGUCGCGGCUGCUGCGCUUCACGGGGCACAGCUACUUUCGGCAGCGCCUGGUCCUCUCGCUCCUCUCGGGCCGGCCCGUCCGCAUCGAUUCGAUCCGCUCCGACGCCUCCUCGCCCGGUCUCUGCGACUUUGAGGCGUCGUUCCUGCGUCUCAUCGAAAAGGUCACCAACGGCAGCCACGUCGAGAUCAGCUACACGGGUACCAGCGUGCUGUUGCGGCCUGGCGUCAUUGCCGGUGGCAACGUGAGCCACGACUGCCCCACGUCUCGCAGCGUCGGCUACUUUGCAGAGUGGAUCAUGGUCCUCGCCCCCUUUGCCAAGAAGGAGCUCAGCCUCACCUUGCGCGGCCUCACGGCUCGACAGGGCGACCUCGGCGUCGACACGUUGAGGACCGUGACGCUGCCCCACCUCUCCCUCUUUCUGCCCCUCGAUACCCUCUCGACCCUCUCGUCUGCCCUCGAGCUGCGCAUCCUCAAGCGCGGUUCCCCGCCGCUCGGAGGGGGAGAGAUCCACCUGCGCUGCCCGACGCUCGCCCACCUCUCGACGCUCAACUUUAUCGCACCGGGCCGCAUCAAAAAGAUCCGUGGCAUCGCCAACGCCACGCGCGUCUCGCCGCAGAUGGCCAACCGGAUGAUUGACCACGCCCGCUCCAUCCUGCAGCGCUACAUCCCCGACCUCUACCUCUUUGCCGACGUCUACCGCGGCGACGACUCGGGCAAGUCGCCCGGGUUCGGCCUCUCGCUCGUCGCGAGCAGCACGACGGGCGCCAUCUACUCGUCCGAGGCCAUCAGCCGGCCUUCGAACCAGGAGACGGGCGAAGAGGCCCUGACGCCCGAAGACGUGGCCGCCCUCGCGGCGCGGCAACUGCUCGAGGAGGUCGCAAAGAGGGGAUGCAUCGACCCGGCACACCAGCCCAUGGUCCUCACGCUCAUGGCCCUGGGACCGCAGGACGUGGCCAGGUGCAGGAUGGGUAAGCUCACGCCCAACGCCAUCCAGACGAUGCGAGACAUCAAGGAGGGUCUCGGCGUCACGUUCAAGGUCAAGCGGGUGCAGGACGAGGACCAGACCAGCGCACAGCAGGAUGACGACGACGACGAGGAGGAGGAGGAUGAAGACGAGGCGGACAACCACCCGAAGCGGAUCGUACCGGAGGAGAUCAUGGUCAGCUGCGUCGGCAUCAACUUCCGCGGCUUCAAGAAGGUGGCAUGA